AGUCAGAAGCCAGGGAUGCGAAACCAUUCCUUAACAUUAUUCAUACUGCGGGGACUGACAGAUGACCCUCAACUGCAAGUUCUGCUUUUUAUUUUUCUAUUGCUCACGUAUCUGUUGAGUAUUACUGGAAACUUGACCAUCAUCACCCUCACCUUGGUGGAUCCCCACCUGAAAACCCCAAUGUAUUUUUUCCUUCGAAAUUUUUCCCUCUUAGAAGUUUCAUUCACUACUGUUUGUAUUCCCAGAUAUCUAUACAGCAUGUCAACUGGAGAUAAUACUGUGACCUAUAAUGCAUGUGCUGCUCAGUUAUUUUUUGGCAUACUCCUUGGGUCAACAGAACUUUUCCUCUUGUCAGCCAUGUCCUAUGACCGCUAUGUGGCCAUCUGCAAACCUCUGCAUUACACAACCAUCAUGAGCAGCAAAGUCUGUAAUCAGCUCCUCCUGAGUUCUUGGGUUGCUGGUUUGUUAAUCAUCCUCCCACCACUACUGAUGGGCCUCCAGUUGGAAUUCUGUGACUCCAACGUCAUUGAUCAUUUUGGUUGUGAUGCAUCUCCAAUUUUGAAGAUCUCAUGUUCUGAUACAAAACUUAUAGAAAAGUUGGUUAUAAUCUGUGCUGUCUUGACACUCAUUAUUACCUUACUCUUAGUGAUUCUAUCUUAUGCAUACAUUAUCAAGACUAUUAUGAGAUUCCCAUCUGUCCAACAAAGGAAAAAGGCCUUUUCUACCUGUUCCUCUCACAUGAUUGUUGUCUCCAUGACUUAUGGCACCUGUAUAUUCAUCUACAUCAAACCUCCUGGGAAGGAACAGCUGGAUUUGAAUAAGGUGGUGUCAGUGCUUGUGACCUCAGUUGCCCCUGUGAUGAAUCCCUUUAUUUACACCUUGAGGAACAAACAAGUUGUACAAGCCUUUAAGGAUUUUGUCAAAAGGAUCGUAUUUGUCACAAAGGCAUAG